AGCUUGACGUAUGAAGAAGAAGACGAAGAAAUAUGGCUUCGGCUAAUGCUAACUAGCUGCUAGUGUUGGAAAAAAUGUUGCGUUUUUGAUUUCUUUGUCUUACUUAUCCUCCAGACGAGGCUCAAUCGGGAGUCUCGUCCGACGGCCUAAAGACUCGGGGAGGAAAUAAGCCUCAUUGUGUGUUUUUAGAGGUAUUUAGUGAGAACUUUGUCUGGAAGUGGUGUGUGUUUGUCUGCUCCUGUCAGCUGUCCGUCUGUUAAACGUCAGUUCAGUGAUUGUAGGAAACCACAGACAUGGCAGCUCCUGUAAAUGUCCAGACUCCAAGCAAGACCUGGGAGCUGAGUCUUUAUGAGCUGCACAGGAGCCCUCAGGAGGCCAUCGUUGAUGGGACUGAGGUGGCUGUGUCUCCUCGCUCGCUGCACAGUGAGCUGAUGUGUCCCAUCUGUCUGGACAUGCUGAAGAACACAAUGACCACCAAAGAGUGUCUGCAUCGCUUUUGUUCCGACUGUAUUGUCACCGCACUGCGAUCUGGGAACAAGGAGUGCCCAACCUGUAGGAAGAAACUGGUUUCCAGACGUUCACUGCGCAGAGACUCAAACUUUGACGCGCUCAUCUCAAAGAUCUACCCUAGUCGUGACGAGUAUGAGGCCCAUCAGCGGACCGUCCUCGAAAGGCUCAACAGGCUGCACAACAAGGAAGCGCUGAGCUCCAGCAUUGAGGAGGGUCUCCGCCAACAGGCCCGCUACAGGUCCGAGAGGAAUCACAGAGUAAAGAAGCCUACUCAAGAGAGCGACAACACCACCUUCAGCGGUGGGGAGGAUAAUGGUGACUCCCGCUCACACCUGUCCCAUGACUCUGCCCCCUCAAACACUCUCCAUCCCAGGGACCAAACUCCCCCAGAAGCUGGACCGAGCCAGAAGCGGCUGCGAGCCUCUGAUGAUGGCUCGGGCCCUGAGGCGGACAGCGGGAGCCCGACUCCUCCCCUGAGACGCCACAAGGAGGGACCGGGCUCAGAGAUUGAAUUGGUGUUCAGACCCCACCCUCAGCUGGUCGAUGCAAACGAUUACAACCAGACCAGAUAUGUGAAGACAACAGCUAAUGCCACUGUAGACCAUCUGUCAAAGUACCUCGCGCUGCGCAUCGCACUUGAGCAAAGACGGACUGAUGGACAAACAGAGAACAAAGGGAAGGAGGACGGAGUAGGAGAGAGAGGAGCAGAGGGAGAAGGUGAAACUGGAGGAGUGUCAAGGAGUGGAGAAGGUUCAAAUCUGACUAACAUCAGUGAGAAACAAUACACCAUCUACAUAAUGACAAGGGGAGGACAGUUUUCAACUCUCAACGGAUCUCUGACUCUGGAGUUGGUCAACGAGAAAUACUGGAAGGUCCGAAAGCCGCUGGAGCUCUAUUACGCUCCCACAAAGGACCAGCAGCAGCCGCAAGCAGCGCAGCAGCAGCAGAAAUCACCUCUACCACAGGAUGGAUGAGUUCAUAACCUCCAUUCUUGUUCAGCUGCCACAAGAACCUUUUUUUGUUUCAAGUCGCACAUUCAUUUUGGAUUGAUUUCAUUUGCAUACUUAUUUUAUUUAAAAUGUUUGAGAAAUUACCUGAAUUGAAGUAUUUGGUCAUAAACAAAACAUAAUGGAACCUGCAGCAGUAAAAGAAAGUGACUUUUAAACUGCUGUUUAAUAAAAUUCAGUUUGGUCAGUAGACAUUUCUCCAGCAUGGCACCAUUUUGUCAUUCCUAAUUUCAAAUUGUCUGGACUAAAUGCAUAUUCUUCCAUACAUGCUUUAUGUACCAUUCCCUGUUUAGGUUUUUAUUUAAAGAGGACUCUUUAAUUCCAGUUAUUUUAUGGUUUUUCCCAUAUUUACUUAGGUUUUCAAUAAGUUGGCGAUUUAGAUUUACCAUCUUGACAGGUAUUUGAUUAGGCAUAGAUCAUCCCAAAAAGAUGGGCUGAAAGGACAGUUUUGAAAUAGUAAAUGUUUUCCUCUCCUGCUCAACUUCACAUUUCUUUCUUGUAUCUUUAGGAAAACAGUUUUAACUCUGAUGUAAUUUAUAAAAGCUUACUCUUGACAAUGACUGCGAUCAGAACUAUCCUGAUACAACUGAAACAGCGGUCACAUGUACUCAUUUGUAAUACUGGCUAAUUCACAGCUGUAACCUUAAUGUUAUGUGGAAAAAGUUUAGCAGGAACAGCUCUCUUUGAAUAUUACAAUCUUUUUUGGAGUGGGGGUAUAUUUUAGCUCUGCUUUAAUAUAGAUUAAAUGUAGGUUUGUGUAAUUGUAUUUAGAAUGCCCAUGUCUUAUUUGCCUUGAACAUUUUAGUAUAACUGAAAAUGGGAAGGAUUUUUUUUGCAAUAUUUAACGGUUGCAACAGUCAUUUUAAUCCUUCUCAUAUGUAUCUGUAGAUUAACUUUUUCACCCCUUUGACUAGGGUUUAUUUAAUACCACAGUAUGUUUCUGCACUUGCCUAAAAGACAAGCCAUACAUUGGCCUUUUAUGAAGGCUUAACCCAAGCUGAACAAUUGCAACUCUGCUUAUGUCGUUUCUUUGCACUUUGUAUUUCCUGCAGCCAUAUUUUACCUACUUUUAGGAUGUGGAAUGGAUAAAUUAAAUGCAAUAUUACUCCUGUUAUAAAAGUCACCCCUUUUCUGAAUAAUUGAGAAUAAAGACAAUAUUUUAACCGCC